AUGCUUAAGCUCUGCCUCAAGAAUUAUUGUCAGUUCGAUGGCAAGUUCUAUCAACAAGUAAAGGACACCGCAAUGGGCUCCCCAAUAUCGGGGCUGCUUGCAGAACUAGUCUUGCAGCGACUAGAACGGGAUGUUGUGCACACCUUCGAACCAAAAAUGUGGCUCCGCUACGUGGACGACACAUUUGUCAUCAUAAAGACCAGGGAAGUUGAGCGAUUGCAUCAAAGCUUAAAUAGCGUCUUCCCGGCUAUACAGUUCACCCGCGAGGAAGCAACAGGAGAUACCCUCCCCUUCUUAGAUGUGAGCAUAAAAAGACUCAGUGAUGGCAAACUAGCGACAAGCGUCCACGGAAAAGACUCCAGUGCCGAAAUCAUACUUAACUAUGGGAGUAAUCAUCCUGCGGCCCAUAAAAGAAGCUGUGUCCGCACUCUUUUCCAUCGGGCCUAUCGCACCUGCAACAGUGAUGACGCACUUAAGAAAGAAUUGGCCUACUUACAUCGGUUGUUCCGCUCCAACGGAUAUCCUGCCAGUUUUGUAAAGAACUGUCUCAGACGCCAGAGACAACUACCAAACCCCGAGUCUCAUGAAGAUAGAGCGUCGCAGAAAUUCUAUUCACUGCCGUACAUUCAGGGAAUCUCUGAAGCACUCUCCCGGCAACUAAAACGCUUUGGCAUCUCCAUUGCCCAUAAGCCCGCAUCUUCCCUACGCGCGACAUUAUGCCGAGUAAAGGACCCGGUGCCCAAAGAACAACUAAGUAACGUCAUCUACCGCAUACCAUGUGCCAACUGCUCUUGUGUUUAUAUUGGCCAUACACGCCGAUGUCUUGGGACUCGCAUUAACGAACACAAGUUAGCCCUCCGCCGACGUGACCCUCUGUCCCUCGUGUUUGCACACGCCAUUGAGCAUGACCACCGCUUCAAUUGGGACGGCACUGAAGUGAUCGCAAAGGCUAACACCAGACAGGCGCGAGAAUUCCUCGAAGCUUGGCAAUCUGGCACGACCAGCAUCAACCGCCACGUCGAUCUAGACGCUCAUUAUGAGGGCCUACGUACACGCUCACUGUCAUGUUCCCACACCUCAACAUUUGCUAACCCCCACUCGGCCACAUAG